CGAGUCGCGAAACGAUUCAGUCUCGUCGAAGCCACGCGACAUUCGGUGCCGAAUCGCGGAAGUAAAACCGCAUCUGUUCUCUCGUCCAGGUGUGACGGUAGCCGUUCUCCAACGUGGUCGCAGCAUCGAAGGGAAGUGCUGGUGCACCACGUGUUUCCAAUCUGCGGCGCCCCAUGCGAGGGAGGUGGCUGCGAGAUAAAUUAACCCCUUUGGCCGAUCUCCAGCUCGCUUAAGAUUCGAUAGGCAAACUCGAUCGACAUGGAACCAGCUGGAAUCUCGAUAAUACAGACGAAUGGAAUCGCGGACAAUGCGGGUGGAAAAUCGAAAGACCUUGGCAUCACGUUCAAUCCGAGCUCGAGCAUACAGGCUGCAAAGGAAAAGAUCGUGACACCAUGGUUUAAGAAAUUGAUGCACGGCGAAGGGGCCUUGAAGAACACCGUGUUGACUGCUCUGGCGGAGAUGAUUGGCACUUCCAUGUUGGUGUUCCUUGGAUGUAUGGGAUGCGUUGGAAGCCUUGGUGUCGUUCCUUCUCACUUCCAAAUAGCCUUAACCUUCGGCCUGGCUGUGAUGAUUGUGAUUCAGUCCCUUGGCCACAUCAGUUUAGCUCACAUUAACCCUGCCAUCACGGUGGGAUCGGUUGUGCUUGGAAUGAAGACUAUUCCCGAAGGUUUGGUGUAUCUCUUGUCUCAAGUAGUCGGUGGAGUCUUAGGAUUUGGAAUGUUAAAGGUGGUGACUCCAGCGGGUCGGAUGACGGGCAAAAGCCCGGACGAGGCGGACAUGUUUUGCGUGACCGAGCUGCACACGGAGCUGUCCGCUAUCCAAGGCCUCCUUCUCGAGGGCAUUUCCACGGCUGUACUGAUGCUGGUCGCGUGCGCCGUCUGGGACAGCAGGAACGCGAAAAACACCGACUCGGUGCCAAUCAGAUUCGGAUUGACGGUGGCCGCUCUCGCUCUCGCCGUCGGCCCGUACACGGGCUGCAGCAUGAACCCGGCCAGGUCGUUGGCACCGGCGCUCUGGAACAAUCAGUGGUCCCAUCACUGGAUCUACUGGUUCGGCCCCAUCGGUGGCGCCCUUCUGUCGUCCUUCACGUACAAAACCAUCUUCGGCGUGAAGAGGAACGAGCAGGAGGAGCCUGCCGCAGAAGCCGUCGCGUUGAACAGCGUGGACACCCAGAAGGCCGAGCCGUGAUACGACCAUUUACGAGGAGGGCCAAUCGGGAGCGUCCAGGGUACGAGACGAUCGACACUUUAUUCGAGAAAGUACAAGAGAUUAAGUGUUUAAAUGGAGGGACGUGGAAGGAUCGAAUGGAAGCCUGAAACGCGAUACACGAUCACCUGGGCCUGGGGGGGUCAUCAUCAUGUGCCGCCAUCUUGGACCUCCAACACCUCCGUUUUUUUUUUUUUUCCUUCGAUCGUAUCGCGCUCGAACGAUUCACGAGAUCGCAAGACUGUUAAUAAUUCGGAGAAAUCAUUCGUUGCCUGCGAAACAGCGACGACAUCGUGUUGUUAGAAAAAAAUGUAUAAUAGGUUGUGUACACUGCCGUUCGAAAUUAUUAAUUGCGUUCGAUUAAUUUUAAAAAAUUUUUAAUAGACCUCCUUUUGCUAUAUGUAACUCUUUUGUAUAUUUUUCUGAAUUAUGAAAAAUACAACGAGUCUCUAAGAACGUGUCGAAUCGAAAAUUAUAUAAUUUGAUUUAUUUAAUUUUUUUUUCAUUGAAUAGUGUUGAAAAAUAAGAAAAAAAAAAUUGAAAAAUAUCCUGGAACAAAGUUUGAUUGAGAUGUAAAAAUGAAAAGUAACAAGGAUUAAGAACUGUUUAUAUUUAAAUAAUUGAAUUAUAUAAUUAUAUAUCGAAAAAUUUGGCAGAAAAAUUUGUGAAAUAUCAAAAAUUUUGUAGUUAAUACUUUUGAAUGGUAAUGUACUAUAAAGGAUGCCAUAUUGGUUAUCGACCAUUUUAUAAUUCAGUGAUUUGUAUGUACAAAAUGGCGUUUGUUAAAUUACUGCUGGGAACACGCAUUUUGUUAUCGUUGUUGUUUUUUUUUUUUUUAAUACUCCGUUGGUAUGUUUUCGUAUUACGUAUUUUCAAUUCGCCAGAGAUUUAACGAUUCGCUAAUAAUAAUAAUAAUCAUUGUAUAUAAUUGUUAUGAUAUUUUUUUAUAGAUGUAUUUACCCGUGACGAUGGAAAAAAAAAUAUAAUCGAAUCAAAAACA